GGAAAUGGAUCCCAAAUGGAUCCCAAAGUCAGAUACCACUGCUGUCCCUGGGGUCCCGGCUUCCACUUCUUUGGGAAAUCACAUCAUCUCCAGGAAAGAGACUUCAGUGUCAGCAACAUCCCCAACUUGGGAGUCUUCGCCAUGGGCCAAAGAGCAUUCCCAGUCCUCCACUUUCUCCUGGGCUUGGCUUGGACACAGAUGGGAGCUGCCCAAGAUUCCACUGGCCAAGUACAGAAAGACUGUAGCCAGUGCUACCAGCUCAAUGCAGGCACCAUUGCAGGCGUGGUGAUCGGGGACUUGCUGCUGACCUUGCUCAUCGCAUUGGCUGUCUACUACAUGGCCAGCUGCAUCUAUCAGCGCCAGAAUGCCAGCAGUGGUGGUGGGAGUAGCACGAAAGCAGAACUUGAAUCACCAUACCAGGAACUUCAAGGAGCCAGAAUGGAUAUUUACAGCGACUUGAAGAGACCAGGACUCAAUUACUAAUAGUCUCCUUUCUCCAGGCUGCUCUUAGGAGCUUUACACAAGAAGCACCUACAUAGAAGAUGUCUGUGCAGGGUUCUUUUCAAUGGACCUCUUCAGAAACUGUACUUCGGGGCAGGCUUUAAUUGUGAACUUACAUCUGAUUCUUUUGGGAAUAAUUGCCACGGAGAUCCUAGUGCUCUUCCGCAUCUGGCCCAUUUUUGGGUGAUUUCACACACCACCAUCAUCACCACAUGGUUAUCGCUGCUGAUGGUUGCCAGUGCAAAGCUCUCAGAAGAACAUGGAAACCCAGAGCUCUCCAGUCGGGGAACUUGCUAUUCAAGAGCACAGGCUCUGGUUGAUGGCCAGUUUUGUCCUACAACCCAGCUUGUGUUGUGUUGUGCCCAAGAUUGGACUUGAACUCAUAUGCCAAAGAAGAAUGUAGUAAUAGCAGCUUACCUCCCAAAAGAAAUAGCAGCUUUGGGAAGGGGCAGCACUUUUGUCAAGCCAGGGACAAAAGCCAGGGGUGAGAGAGGGAAAGCUUGAGGAGUAACUCCUCACUUAAUUUUAUUUGCAGGGGGUGGGUGUGUAGAUGCUUUGUGCAGGGAGAAAGAUAUGUUUUAGGGAUUGACAGUAUGGGUUUUGGGGGGAGUUCAAUAAAACAAGAAGGAAACUUGUUUUCAUGGAUAGAAUCGGCACCUAUGGGCAGGGGUGGCCCAAGAUUUUGGGGCAGCUGAUUCAAGGCACCAAAUGCUGCCUUGUCCCAAGACCCUGGUGGGGGCCAGCUUCCUUUCAAAAUGGACCUUUUGCAAGCCUUGGAAAUGGCACAAGGGGUGGGGGAGAGGGAAGAUGGCCGACAGCCUCCUCUUCCCUCCAUGUGCUCCUUGCAAGGCGUGUGAAGAGAGGCUCUCCCUGCAAAGGUUGCAAGUGUUGAAUUGGUCCCAAAUAGCUGCUCCUACGGCAGCCACGGGGGUCAUCUUGCCACCCUGCUGCUGUCCCAAUAAUCUACCACCUGAGGCAACUGCCUGGCCUGGCCUCCCGAAAGGGCUGCCCCUGCCUAUGGGGAAAGGUUGACCCCUCCUCCCCUCAUGCCAGUCCUGCAUCCUAAUCCUGCUCUCUCUCCUCGCCAAAGUUGCUAUAGAUGAUGUAGAAAAAUAAAUAUGCAGGACCAAGUGCAAUAUAUCUUACUGUGAUGCAUCUUCAUGUAAUGUGUAGUUUGGUCCGCCGCUCUCAUUUUUUUCCCCAAAUAAUUUCUCCCCCCCCCCCCCCAGAUCUCUAUGGCACACAGGCUUCCCAGACGUUCUCCUGCACAGAUCCCAGGGCAAUUAAUAGCAGCUGCACAGGAGAACAGAUGUGCUCUCCUGUGGCUCCCACUCAUUUCUAUGGGGUCUGUGCUUCAUUUCAGUGGAGACUUCCUACAAACUGAUGCCUUUACUUUAGAGUUUGGUGGCUGACGCUUAUGGGGUGGAGGUCAGCUUGUGUUUUGCUUUAUAUUUGUGAUUGUCUCCACAUAAAUCUGUUUUGCUUA